AUGUUUACGAGAAGCUUGAAUAAAUCACAAACAGAGAGUGUAUCGAGAAGUCGUCGUCAUAAAGGAAAGUCUUCAUUCAGAGAUCAUGCCGUGUCCAAGCAUCGCCAUGAGCGAACUGCUCGUAAACCUCCGACCGAAGAAAUUUCUUCCCCAAACACAUUAACAUCCUCCAUCAUCACAAUCGUCGUCGGUCGUGAACGACGAUUAUUUGCCGCACACGAAGAUGUACUCUGCCUAUCUCCAUUCUUUCAAUCGGCUUGUCGAAAUCAAUACAUGGAGACAACCAAUAAACGCAUCUCUCUCCCAGACGAAGAACCCGAGAUCUUCUCAUCCGUUCUCGAAUAUUUAUACAAGGGAGAUUAUUACCCUCGACUCCUGCACAACAAGCGAAAAAACACCUGGGAGUUAGAAAAUAGCGGUGAAGGAGAUGGAAAGGGAUCAACCAUCCAUCAACAUUCUGCAGAUGGUGAGUUAUUGAAAGACACGGUGAUUUAUUGCACAGCGGAGAAAUACGGGCUAGAGGAACUCAAACGUGUGGCAUUGAGGAAACAGGGUCUUCGUACGUGUUCCGUCCCCUUGAUUCUCCUCCUACCAUCACUAACAGGAUUCAAAGAAUCCGGUAUUCAAUGCAACACUAUUCUCUCAUCAGCACGCUACGCUUAUGCCAAUACACCCGAUACAGAUUCAAAAUUGAGAGCUCAUUAUCUGGCGCUCAUUAUUAGAAGUCGAGACACGUUUAAACGAAGUGGGACAAUGCAGUUGGAGAUGAUGCAGGGGGGAUCACCGUUGUUUUUUGAUUUGUUUGUGGCGUUGGCUAAUCAUAUUGAUGAUGUUGUUGCGUGA